AUGGCUGUGGCAUCAGUUCCAAUAACGCACGGCGGUAGCAGUAUGCUGAGGUCUGUCGCUGCGCUGAACGGCCGCGUCUUCGACACCGAUCCCGUCAUCGCGUACAUGCUGCUUGGCAUGUCUCAGCAAGAAAGGUUGGCUUAUCUGCCGACGUACUGGACCGCGCUCGUCAAGUCAGCCUUGCUCAAUCAUGCAGUGAUCACCGAAGCCGAUGGCUGGAAAGCGGCCUCUGUCCUGAUCCCACCGGGUGGAUACAUCGAAAAUGUCUGGACUCUUCUCUGGGCUGGGUUUCUGGGCGUUCUGUGGAAAAUAGGACUUCCAGGCGUUAAGCGUCUCUGGACCGAAUUCUCUGGUAUGACCGACAACGCGAAGAAAAAUGGUCUACGUGGACAGACCCAGUACUACUACGUCUUCAGUAUCGGAACCGAGCGCGAACACCGUGGAAAAGGCCUCGCGAAAGCGAUUAUUCAGGAACACCAGAAGACCGCCCGAGCUGCGAACCUCCCAAUCUGGCUCGAAGCAACGACUGUGGGCUCGCGCGCUCUCUACCUAUCGAUGGGAUUCAAGGAAGUUGAAGAGAUUCGGCUUGGGAAGGGCAAGGUCGCUGCUGAUGCUAGCAUUCAGCUUCACGGUCCAGGAGUCACUCUUUGGGCGAUGGUAUGGUGGCCAAACCUAACUCCUGAAGCUAUUUCCUAG